GGCACCGACAUGUACAUAAAAGGCCGAUCUCAAAGAAGGGGGGGAGGGACGGGGCCUCACCUGUUUAUAAAAGUUGUAGGGUUUCGUUUCCUUCCGUCUGGAUCCUAGGGUUAGGGUUUUUAUUUGUCGCUCUAUUCUAGGGUUAGGGUUUGGGAUCGUAGGCAUGGCAACGGCUCAGCAGCAGGGAGGAGGAGGAGGGGGAGCGAAGAGGAAGCCGGUGUUCACGAAGGUGGACCAGCUGAAACCGGGGACGAGCGGCCACACCCUCACGGCCAAGGUGCUGAGCUCCAAGACGGUGCUCAACAAGGGCCGCGCCGCCUCCGCCAACCUCCGCCCCACGCGGAUCGCCGAGUGCCUCAUCGGCGACGAGACCGGUAUCAUCGUCUUCACUGCCCGCAACGAGCAGGUUGACUUGAUGAAGCCGGAUGCCACUGUCAUCCUCCGCAAUGCAAAGAUUGAUAUGUUCAAGGGCUCAAUGAGGCUGGCUGUUGACAAAUGGGGUCGUAUCGAGGUUGCUGAGCCUGCUAAUUUUACAGUAAAGGAGGAUAACAACUUAUCUCUUGUUGAGUAUGAGCUCGUAAAUGUCGUUGAAGAGUGAACAUGGUUGUUUACCAAAGAAACAGACUGAACAUGGUCGCCUAGAAGAUAAUUGCAUUUGAUGGGCAGAAGAAGGCUUGGAGCUUCCACAGCCUUUUUGAGUAGUUUUAUUCUCGUCUCCCUGGUUAUAGAUUUGCAGGUACAAGGUUUUAUUGGAAGAGAAGUUUGAGGUUAUUAUACAAAAUCUCACUGAAGCUAGUCUGAUUUUGUACUCAUCAACAAUUCUGUCCAUGGGUUAGGGUUAUUGGCUGCGUCAGUGUGGUUUAUCCAUUCUGUAAAUUGUUUGGCCCUUGUUAUUUUUCUGUGGUACAUAACGGAUUCUGAACUGAAAAAUUAAAGAAAACUAGUUGUGGCAAAAAAAUCUGUUGAUUUUAA